CCACCGCUGAUUUCUCGCUUAAACGACGCAGCAAACACCACAUACGCAUCAACAAACCCACCAUUCAUCAUCCUUCACGAUGGGUAUCCCUUCGACCUCGCGCACGUCGAAGCCGGCUGCGACAAAGCCUAUCGCAGCUGCUACACGCAAGGCGUCUACCUCUGACAAGGACAAACGCUCCGCCGCUCUAAAGCACUCCAGCAAGCGCCCGUCUACAACCGAGUCGGCCAAGGGGUCCAACGCCAACGCCGAUCCCGACAAGUUCACCUGCAAGCGCUGCGGUGCUCUAGUCCUCGACUGCAAGAAUCUGAAGGUCACUGAGCUUCUCAAUGCUCCGCGCAAGGCGAUGCAGGAUCACAAGCGCAAGUGCAGCGGCGCGCCUCACCCGAAUUUCAACGUCGCCCGUUCUCCUUCGACUGCUACCUCCUCGAAACCCGCGCGCACAUCGUACAUCGUUCGGGGAACGAAGAGCAGAAGGGACACUGCGAUCGACGCGAAACGCCCCGCUGCCGCAGGCAACUCCCGACCGUCUUCGAAGCCCUCGACCUCUUCUGCUGUGCCCUCGCGACCCACGAGACCCAAACCCAAGGCCGCCUGCACCAAGGCCCCUUCCAAAUUCGAUUUGUACCUCCGCGAGAUCGACGAGGCGGAGCGCGCGCGGAAGGAAGCAGAGGCGAGGGCCAACGCGGAGUUCAUCAUCGACCGAGGGCGCAAGCGGCGCCUAGAGGCCGAGAUGGCGGCGAAGGAAAAGGAGGAGAAGGCGACGAUGGAUGCCGCGAUGGAGAUCAUCUACGGUGGGAAGUCGAAGAAGGUGGACGAUGAGGCGAUGCCCGCGGCGAAGAGGCAGAGAACGGCCUGAGAGCUUGGGAUGCGGCCGCGCAUGGCCAGUCUGGCGCCUUGCAAUGCUCAGGUGUGUGGACAGCUGGUCAUUAUUGACUUUUUGUACUGACUUCCCAUGAUCAACACCAUGUAUAUACUUACUCUCUGUCCGUAGUCUCAACCUUUCUCUCAUCUCCCUCAAUCAUUU